AUGAGAAUAAAGCGUCUAAAAAAAUACAAGAAGUUUGUGAACUUCUACAAAGUGGUCUACAAAUUCAAACCCCCUUUCAAGAUUCUAUUAGACGGCAACUUCUUCCACCAGGCAGUUUAGAAUGAGUUCAACCUGCGUGAGAACUUCUAUAAGAUUUUGGCAGAUACCCCUUUAACUCUGAUACUUAUGACUAAGUGUGUGUUAAGAGAAUUCGAAACACUCGGUCCAUCUGUGGUUGGGAAUACUUUGAAGGAAGCCAAAAAGAUAGUCAAAGAGUCUUGCAAGCACCCUGGUGGUAUACUUCCCCCCGAUGAGUGUAUCAAGAUCUUUAUUGAUAAAAAGAACGAAGCAAAGCAUUUCGUGUGCACCAACGACGAGGAAUUGAGAAACGAGCUGAGAAAUCUAGGCACAGUGCCUAUAUUCUUCUUCAAGCAUAAUAUACUAGUUAUGGAUUCCCCGACUGAGAUCACUGAGGAAAAGCAUAGGAUGAAAGAGCAAUUGAAGAACGAACCCACCAGACAGGAAAAAGUGUUUUUGAAGGAGCAAUAAGAAGAGAUUAAGGAGUUCCAAAAGCAAGAAAGGGAAAGAGAGGCAGCAAAGAGGAGAUUACAAGUCAAGGAUCUUUAUUGCAUGGGCAUCAAAACCAAACUAGCACUAGGCCCAAAUCCAUUGUCAGUUAAGAGAAAGCUAGGCGGGGGGAGUGAUGGAUCUGUUUUAAAGAAGAGGAGAAAGCGCUCUGGCAAGAGAAGUAAGUCACUAAGUGAAGGCAAGAGAUAAAAGCUAGAUGGAGAUUAGCCUUCUUAAUAACAAGAUCAAGUCACUAAAAUUGCUGCAAGCAUUUGA